CGCUUUUCCUGGUCAUUAUCUUUGUGAGAUUGGCAGACGUUAAUAUGACUUUGCUUUGUGUUGUCAGCACGCACGGUCUGGAAAUAACCUCACGUCGCAGCAGUGUUUUCGCGCGCUUGGUCGGCAGAGUGAGUUUCACGGUGCAUGAAGUGUUGCACCCGUCGCGCUCGUCUGUUGAUUUGGGACGGGACCGCUGCACGUGACGCUGAAGUCAGUAGGACACCAACUAACAUGGAUAAAAUCAAAAUCAACCCUCUGGUUAGAGAUACUCCGUUGUUGCACAUUGAGGUAUAUCCUGAAAAUGAAGUCUGUAUCCACGAGGACGUGACUGACAUUGCACCAGACUCGAACAUGACACUCAUGAAGGAGAGAUGAUCCAAAACAGCAUGAUCUGGGGGAGGUUUUUAUCAGCUGGGCUGCAGAGCUGCAGGUGCAGAGUGAGAUGUCCUGUCCAGAGACACUACAGCUUCCUUCCAGAUGAUGUCAAAUCCCUGCGGGCUGUUGUCAACCCAGAUGUCUCCAAUUGCGAUCUCUCUCUCUGCAGGAUCAGAAACAUCGGCAUCAUGGCCCACAUUGAUGCCGGAAAGACGACAACCACGGAGCGGAUGCUAUACUACUCUGGCUACACCCGAGCCCUGGGAGAUGUGGACGACGGGGACACGGUCACCGAUUUUAUGGCUCAGGAGCGAGAGCGCGGCAUCACCAUUCAGUCCGCGGCGGUCACAUUUGACUGGAAAAACCACAGAAUAAAUCUUAUAGACACUCCAGGACACGUUGACUUCACCCUGGAGGUGGAGCGGGCGCUGCGCGUCCUUGACGGGGCUGUCGCGGUGUUUGAUGCCUCUGCUGGCGUCGAGGCCCAGACUCUGACCGUGUGGAGACAAGCAGAGAAGCAUCACAUCCCUUGUGUUUGUUUCCUGAACAAGAUGGACAAGCCGACUGCCAACCUGAGUUUCUCCAUUGAGAGCAUAAAACAGAAGUUAAAAGCCAAUCCGGUUCUCCUGCAGAUCCCUGUAGGCAGCGGGAAAUCCUUCACCGGUGUGGUGGACUUGCUGACCAAUCAGAAGCUGAUCUGGAAGCUGAAAUCUCAGCGAGACGACGGACGAGGGUUUGAAGUCAAAUCUCUCGGCCCGGCGGACGAUCCGGAGCUGCUGCAGGUGGUCGGCGAGGCCAGAACGGCUUUGAUCGAGCAGGUUGCUGAUCUGGAUGAUGCAUUUGCGGAGCUGCUCCUCACCGAUUUCAGCGAUAACUUUGACGCCGUUCCCGCCAUCAGACUGCAGGAGGCCGUCCGGCGGGUGACGCUGGCCCGGAAGGGCGUCCCGGUGCUCUGCGGCAGCUCUCUGAGAAACAAAGGCGUUCAGCCCCUUCUGGACGCCAUCACCGCCUACCUGCCGGCUCCCAGCGAACGCCACCACGACCUGGUGAAGUGGUACAAGGACGACCUGUGUGCGCUGGCCUUCAAGGUCCUCCAUGACAAGCAGCGCGGCCCGCUGGUGUUUCUCCGGAUCUACUCCGGGACUCUGAAGUCUCAGACGGCCGUGCACAACAUCAACAGGAACAACACUGAGAGGAUGAGCAGGCUGCUGGUGCCCUUCGCUGAUCAGCAUGUAGAAAUCCCCUCCAUGCCUGCAGGGAACAUUGCGCUGACUGUGGGACUGAAGCAGACAGUCACAGGGGACACCAUCGUUUCAUCCAAGGCUGCAGCGGCCGCCGCAGCCAGAAGAGCUCGGAGCGACGGCGGGACGGGAAAGAAGCGCGGAGAAGAGGCCGGCGUCGUCCUCUCGGGGGUGGAGGUCCCCGAUCCCGUCUUCUUCUGCACCAUCGAGCCGCCCACCAUGGCCAAACAGGCCGAUCUGGAGAACGCGCUCACGUGUCUCCAGAGGGAAGACCCCAGCCUCAAAGUGAGAGUUGACCCCGACUCCGGGCAGACCGUCUUGUGCGGGAUGGGAGAGCUGCACAUCGAGAUCAUCCACGACCGGAUCAGGAGGGAGUACGGCAUCGAGACUCACCUGGGACCCCUGCAGGUGGCUUACAGAGAGACCAUUCUCCAGGAGGCCCGGACCUCGGACACGCUGGACCGUACUGUCGGGGGGAGGAGACACGUCGUGACUGUGGAGCUGAGCGUCAGGCCCGAGGUCGCGACCUCCGCCGGGGCGUCGUGCGACGUGGCGUUCACGGACGAGCUGCAGGGACAGCUGUCUCCAGACAUGAGAGAGGCAGUGGAGAACGGAGUGCAGAGCUCAUACCUUCAAGGUCCGCUGCUGGGCUACCCCAUCCAGGGCGUGUCCACGCUGAUUCAAAGCGUGUCCACCGAAGCGGGGACGUCCCCCGCCAUGGUCUCCGCCUGCGUGUCUCGCUGCAUGCUGAAGGCCUUCAGGCUCGCCGGCGGGAAGCUGCUGGAGCCGCUCAUGUCUCUGGAGGUCACCGUCUCGGAGGACCGCCUCAGCGCCGUGCUGGCCGACCUGGCCCAGAGACGGGGGACCGUCAGGGACAUCCAGAGUCGCCAUGACGACAAGGUGCUGCUCGCAACCGUGCCUCUGGCGGAGAUGAUGGGUUACUCCACCGUGCUGCGCACAGUGACGUCGGGCAACGCCACCUUUUCCCUGGAGCUGGACACGUACGAGGCCAUGAACCCUCAGGAGCAGAGCAGCCUCCUGAAGAGAAGAGCCGGCCUGCUGUGAACGACGAGACCAAGAGCCCUCAAGCAGAGACUCAACUGUUCCAGGACUCAGACCAGAGUAUAACUACAACCAGAUAAAGACAGUUUAUUUAAUGUGUGUUUUCCUGCUGUCUCGUUUUUCAAUAAUGUAAAAAAUAAAAAAAGACACCAUGCAUACUUAAUCAUUACCAAUUUAAUGGUAUUUUAGCAUAGAAACAUUAAAAAGAAAAAAAAAAACAGUGCAAUUGAAACUUAAAUGUCUUGACAUGACAUUAAAAGCGACUGAGGGUUUUGUUAAGUGGCGUUGUUCAAAAACAAUAAGGCAGUCUUACUGUACAUCUGUUCAAAAUC